AUGUCUCUCAUCUAACAGUUAUUCCGCCGGACAACCAGGAGCCUAAACAUGAGUGGAAUUAAAAAAUCCCCCGAGGAACUCAAGCGGAUCUUUGAGAAAUACGCGGCCAAGGAGGGGGAUCCUGACCAGCUCUGCAAAGAGGAGUUUAAACUGUUGAUACAGGCUGAAUUUCCCCAAUUAUUAAAGGGCCCGGCCACUCUAGAUGCCUUAUUCCAAGAACUGGACAAAAACGGAGACGGAGAGGUCAGUUUUGAUGAAUUCCAGGUGCUCGUAAAAAAGAUUGCCGAAUGAGGUUGCCUCACAAGCCAGGAGAAGGAAGAGACUUCACGUCGGCCCCAGGGAAGACUUUCAAGACCUUGACUCUCAGAAAAAAAUGCACCCAACGCCACUGGACUGUAUCGAUCUGCGAGGCGACA